CAAUCUUGGCUGAAUGAUUCAGUAUCCAAGCCAUAAAAUCUUUAAAAAACAUUUUAAGGUGUCAUUGAUAAGCAGUAUUGAUAUUGUGCUUAUUUAAUACACAAUUUUGAUAAGGAAAAGAAGGAAACUGCGCAUCCGCUAUGUUUUAACUUCAUUUUUGUGCGUGGUACCGAGAUAAAAAAUAACAAUAUCUUUGUAAAUUUGAAUGUCCUUCGCAAUGGAUAUACUUCUCACAUUAUUCUAUUUGCUAUUUUCAUUUUGCGUUAUUUAUCCACCCACUGAGUUCGUGGCCGCUGGGUUUACUAUUCCUCAGAUCUUCGAGGGAUUUUUAGGUUCCGAAAAUAUGAACUUUAUCGGAUAUCAUAUGAAGAGAAUAACAAUUACGGCUUUUUUUCAUUCUUGUUUGCCGCUGGGAUAUGUUUUUACACUGUGGUGCGGUGGUGAGCGAGGGUCGUGGAUGAUGCCGUCGGCGAUCUCUACAGUUAUCAUUGUGUUGCUAAUGUGCUAUAAGCUCGUUUGCUGGUGGGAGUACGAAAAACUGAAGCACCCUGUCGUACGGCCUCUUUUAUGUUACGUACCUCAGGGCUGCGACUGGCGGGUGGUCGCUAAUAACAUCAAUAUUGCUUUUCGCAGUGUGGACAAAGUGUGCCUGCCACUGACUGCCACAAGCAAGUUGGUGGCCACUGAUACUUGGCUCAUUAGAGUCACUCAAUAUGGCAUGAAUGCUGUGCAGCAUGGAGACUGUUCAUUAUUUGCUACUGCUACUGAUAACCACACUCUGACUCCAACGGGUGAGGAGGAGGUGCAAUAUGUGAACAUAGAAGUGAUCCCAUACCGGCCCGAUGUGGAGCCCUUCUCAUUCCGAGUUACGACGACCGCACUGCGCGAGCUACAACCCCGUCUGCCGCGACCCGUUCGAGUGCCCGACCAUAUUUCGCUACUGCCCACAGUUGUUGAGAGAUUUGUCACACUUUUCAAACACUAUGUCGACCAGAACCCCACCUACUAUGUUGAUCAGGAACUGGAGCAGUGCAUUGGGUGCAUGCAGAACAUGGCGGAUGUGAAGCUGGACCGACGCUGCGAGCCGGUGCCCGCGCCGCUCGCCGGCAUCGCGCCGCCGCCCUGCCAGCAGUGCAACUGCAGGGUGCUGUGGUGCUGCUCGUGCAUGGCGCGGUGGUGGGCGGCGCGGGCGGGGGCUGCACUGGGGGCUGGCACGCCCAGCAGCGCGUGGCUGGCGGCGCGCGGCUCGUGCCCCGUGUGCCGCGCCGUCUUCUGCAUGCUGGACGUGCUGCCGGCGCGCCAGCGGGACUCCUGAAGUAUGUUCCUCCUGGCAAACCCGCCGCCGCUCUAAACCACACGCUAUACUAACCACUACAUUCAAGUUUGCAAUGUUGUGGUAUUUACACUUUU